UUGUGACUCUUUUUGAAGGCGGUGUGCGAUAUAUCGAGUGGCAAAAUUUCGAUGCAUCGAAGCAAAACAUCGAUAUUUUCGAUGCGUCAAUGUUGUUCCGACAUUCCUAUUGUAAAAUCUUUGAACCUAUUUAUUGAUUUGUAGAAGUUCUUCAAUAACAAUGAAAAACGGGCAAUGGAUGACAUCACUCCCGAUUGUACUGCGUAGUUUACCCGUCAUCAAUCUUGCUAUACCCGGUUCCCACGACUCAAUGUCGUAUGGAAUAAAAUCUGGAGCAAAGCCUGCGCCUGAUGCGGAGAAGUCUACUAUAUGGUUAAACUUUUGUUUCCCUUGGUUUGUGCGACGUUGGGCGAAAACGCAAUCAUCCUCCGUUUUGGAACAAUUGGGGCUCGGUGUCCGGUAUUUUGAUUUGCGUGUCUGUCAAAAAAAUGACAAAUACUUUUUCGCUCAUGGACUCUUUGCCAUGGAAGCAUUUGAGCCGCUGGAAGAAGUCAAGCAAUUUUUGAUUUCCAAUAAAGAGGAGGUGUGCAUAUUGGACUUUCAGCAUUUCUACGACAUGGAUGACGCACAUCAUAUAAAAUUCCAGAGCCAAUUACUGCAGUUAUUUGACAAUCUUUUCUUCGCAAGAUCUGACGGAUCAUUGGUUGACUUUACAUUGAACAAGUGUGGCGUAUUAGGCCGACAAGUAUUACUAAUUUAUCGUCGUUGUCCAGUGGUUUUGCCGAAUGAAUUUUGGCCGAGUAAUUAUUGGCCGACGCCAUGGCCAAAUGUAACUUCUGUUAAAAAAUUGGAAAAAUAUCUUCGAAAUGCUCUACUUUCCCGAAAUCCGUCACAAGGUUUCGUAUCACAAUGCAUAUUAACGCCUUCCGGAAAGUAUAUAGCUUUAAGAUUUUUUUCCUCAUUACGUAAAACUGCUAAAAAAGUAGACAAAAAAUUGCAACCUUGGAUUGAAGAACAAACCCCUGGACCUUUUCGGGAACAUGAGGCUCCCACGACCAACGUCUUCAUGGCCGACUUUGUCAACUUAAAGGACGGAAAAUUUUGUAACAUGGUUAUAGAACUAAAUUACAAACUUAAAAAUUUCUAAAAAUUUUAUAGGACACGAAUCAGAUGCUAAUUUUAUACAUACAUAUGUGAUUGAACACAUAAGUGUAAUGAACUUUGUACAAAUAAACUAUAAUAGAAAAUAUAAUACAAUAAGCAAUAGUUUUAUUUUAUUUAUAUAAAACUAGCUUACAACAUAAAUCUUAUAAGCUAUGUA